AUGCCUUCCAAUUUUUUAUCGGAACUAGUGCAUGCUAGUCAAGAAUAUCAAGAAGUAUGGAAAAAUAAAGACGAAUCUAUGAAUGCUGCACAAUUUCCAUAUUUGGAUAUGAUAGAAAGUGAUAAAGCUAAGGAAGUAGAAAAUGAAGUUAGAAUCACCGUGGAUCAAGAACUUAGGGGUGACAUUGAAGCCCUGCAAAAUGCAUUAGACAGAGAUAAAGGUUUUAAAGGUAAACGUAUAAAAAAAGGACAAAAACGAAUUCGCCAUAGUGGAAAAAAGAAUAAAAAAAGAAAAGAGAAAGAUCUAACACCUGAUAGAACAACAGAGUCUUUAUUCGAAGAAUUACUAACUCAGGGUAUUAUUAAGCUUCAUAGAGAGAUUUCACUCGGUGAUUUUAAAGGUGAAAAAUCUUUCAUAAACUACAACUUAAGAGAGAAAGGAAAAGAUCCUUUACCAACGCUUGGAGAUAUAAGACAGUUAAUAACUGAAUACUGUAUUCUUCCCCUGGGAAACAGUACUCUAAGAGAACUGACACCUCUUGUAAGAUCAGUAUUAAUAGCUGGACCUCGUUAUAGUGGGAAAAAAAUGUUGGUGAAUGCAAUUUGUACAGAACUUGGAGCUACUUUGUUUGAUAUUACGCCCGCUAAUAUUGCUGGAAAAUAUCCUGGAAAAUCGGGCUUAAUUAUGCUUGUCCACUUAAUAUCAAAGGUGUCACGCUUAUUACAACCGUCAGUGAUAUUUAUAAAUGGAGCAGAAAAGCUAUUUAUAAAAAAAGUCGCAAAAACAGAUAAAACAGAUCCGAAACGUUUAAAAAAGGAUCUCCCUAAAUUAGUGAAAAACAUUACAAAUGAAGAUAGAGUAAUAUUAAUUGGUACUUCAAGUUCACCAUGGGAUGGAGAUCAAAAACUUUUAUAUCAGACUUAUGAUAAAGUUAUAUAUAUUCCUAGACCAGAUUAUGGAACUAUGUCUCUUGUGUGGAAAGACUUAUUAUAUAAAUAUUCUGGAAUUAAUAGACAAUUUGAUACAUCUGUUAUUGCUAAAGUUUGCGAUGGAUUUACCAUUGGAGCUGUAUUAACGUCGAUCAACGAGGUAGUAUCGGUGAUGACGACAAAACGGAUAGUACAAUUAAAAACGCAUCCUUUGACGUACGGUGAAUUAAUAAACGCAGUAAGCACGAAAAAUCCGAUCUAUUGUGAAGAAGAAGAUGCUUUUUUAGCGUGGCUCGCAAAAACACCGAUAUAUCGUAAGAAACAACGAAUGCAUGAACUGGAGCUUCAAAAAUUGGAGGAGGCAAAUGAAAAGCAAAAGAAAAAAGGGAAAAAAUCCACACGAAUAAAUUUACUUAUUCCUACUGAAAAAAAAAACAUAACUGACAAUUUCAAUGAUUUAUGA